AUGGCAGGAAAGAGUGUCGUUUCAGGGAAACCUUGGAAAGCAGAGAAGGUGGCGUAUCGUCGGUCAGGAUUGGCUCCCACGCAAAAAACUUCAUAUGAGAAGCGAAUGGAAGAGAAAAGAAGAGUACAGGAGUCAAAAGAUCGUGAACAAAAGUUGAGAGAUGAAAAAGAAGAGGAGAGAUCUGCAAAUGCUCAGAAAAUUCGUGCACGUCGCGAGGCUAAAGCUGAAAAGGAACGAAUGGAGCUUUUGCAAUCUAAGCUUCAUCAAAAAGUUAUUGACCGUCGGAGACGUAGGGAAAAGCGCAACAAAAUGCUAAAAGAGCGGUGA